AUGGCUCUGGAAAAUGACUUCAGCUCGAACCGGCACGCCUCCGCUCUUCAGGAAUUCGAGGUCCCCGUCCGGCAUCCCGAGCUGUGUUUUGAUGACGCAAAUCUCGCAGUCGUCACAGGUCGUCAAUACUUCCUUGUACACCAGGGCCUACUCUGCUAUCACUCCACUGUUUUGAGAGGCCAGGUGGAAGCGCUCCAACUGGGACACGCUCUUGCGCUGGAAGGCCGGCCAGUACUAGCCUUGCAGGAUACGCCAGAGGAUAUGAUGUACUUUUUGAAAGCUCUAUACGGGUGUGCUUUCGGCCUGGAGAGCAAGGAGUUCACUGUCAUAUCGGCGUUGCUUCGUAUGUCGACGAAGUAUGGCGUGGACGACCUGCGCAAAGAGGUCAUGCGUAUCCUGUUGCUAUCCUGGCCGACCACUCUUGCCUUAUGGGAGCUCCGUGAGAAGAAGGUCACAAAUAUCCACGGCAUCUACGCUCCGCGAACCGGAUUGCCACAUCCGCUCUCGAUCAUCAACUUGGCCCGCGAAGUCAACGCCCCAGAAUUGCUACCAUCCGCUUUCUACGACCUUUCCCGGUAUUUGCCGAGUCAACUUGUGCUCAACCAUAUGAACGGAGUCGACGGAACCGGUGCUCAAAUCUCGUACGAGGAUCUGCUCAAAGUGCUCCGGGGGAAAGAACAAGCAACUCGUUUCUUUUCGACUUUCAUCGUCGACGAACUGGAAGGUCGAGAUCCCAGCGACGCCUGCAUUCGGAAGCGCAACAUCGUCACACAGCGCGCAUGUCAAGUGGCAUUCGAAGCCGUCAAUUUCGAACUGAUCCGCGACGUCAAUGGCAUGGUGUGCAAUCGUAACUCCGACCCUCUGUUCGCCACCGCAGAAAGCCUUGCUAUGCAGACGAGGGAAGACGUUCCCGGAGAGGAGAACAGGGCGGUAUACAGGGCGUGCGAAGUCUGCCGUCUGGAGUAUAGCUCUGUCGUCGACGCGGUACGAGAGGACUUCUGGCGGCGGAUCCCGGAAUGGUUCGAACUGGAGGUGGGAAACUGGGGCUAA